UUCAAUAUGAUCCAAUCCAACAUAUGAUUUCAAUUUCAUACAUUUUGGUGUCGUUUACUUGUGAAAUUUGAAAUUUAGGUAUCGAUUUCAAAUCCAACAAGCAAACGAGCCACCGACCAAACCAUUGCAUACGAGCACAAAACCGUCAUUAGAGAGACAGUCGCAUAGAGAAGCGGGGCAAGGGCAGUUGGGAAAGAAAGAAAUAAAUAAAAGGAGGCAAGCAAGGGAAGGAAAAUACUCGUGGAAAAGCACUGUCGUUGCGAUGCGUGGAGGACAGGUGAGUGGCGACAGAAGAAGACGAAGAAGCUGCAGAGCCCAGACACAACAAAAAUGGCGAGAUCCUCCUCCUUCCUCUCUCCUCACACUUCCCUCGUCUUCGUAUGCCCUGCCAUCGCCAUGUCUCUAAUCCUUCUCCAUAAACCCUAACACCUCUUCCUCCCCUCUCUCCCCGAAUUCGCCCUCUUUACCCCCCUCCCAUCUGUUCUCUCACGCCACCGACGACGCCCCGACCUCGGUUCCGGAAGUGCAAGGUUGUGAUCUCUUCUCUCCGAUCGGUCAGCAUUGGCCGCUCUGCGAAAAUUUUGUGUGAUCUGAUGUGGAUUUUUUUUUUUUGGCGCCACGCGGGUUUCGAAUUUUGCAUGUCGGUUUCGAAUUGUUUUUCUCAGGCGGUGUUUGACUGGUUGAAUAACACAAAAAAUGUGGUUGUUUGUUUGUUUUGUGCUUCCUGGUUGCAGCAAUGGCGGAGAUGGCGAAGGUGCUGUACAUAGUGGUGGUCGAUGAGGAGGAUAGGAGAGACAAGGGGAGAGGCUCGUUUCGGUACACGCGUCCGGUUCUGCAGAGCACUCUGCAGCUCAUGGGAUGUAAGGCUCGCCAUGCUUUCAAGAUAAGCAGAAGGGUCUUUGAAAUUAUAACAAAUGCACCUUCAAUUGAUACUCGAAUCUUAAAAGAAGAAGAUAGGACAUGCGUUGAUGCUUCCAGACAAAAAUUAGAGAAGAGCGAUGUUCUGGGGACAUUUCCUUCUGGGAAAAAUGGCAAAGGUAGAAGUGUGCCAUUCGAACUGUACAAGCGGCGUACAACUUUGGUUGUUAGAAGAGGAACCUUCUUAGAUGUUGUUUGUGAUGCUCUGGCAGAAUACAAAUAUGUGGGUCCUAACCAGAGGGCAGACCUUGUUUUGGCGUGCAGGAUUCGAGAAAAGAAAGAGUCUGUAACUGUGCUGUUGUGCGGCACCAGUGGAUGUGGCAAAUCUACCUUGUCUGCAUUGCUGGGUAGUAGAUUAGGGAUUACAACCGUUGUGUCCACAGACUCAAUUCGUCACAUGAUGAGAAGUUUUGUGGAUGAAAAGGAAAAUCCACUUCUUUGGGCAUCAACGUAUCAUGCAGGAGAAUAUUUGGAUCCCGAGGCUGUUGCUGAAGCAAAGGCUAGGAGAAGAGAGAAAAAACUAGCCAGCAUUGCAAAAGCACGUCCCAAGGAGGAACCAGCUGAUGGUUCUAUUACAGGAAACCCUGAUAGUAGUCAAGUCCCAGAAGGGGCGAUUAGCCCAAAACAAAUGGCUAUUGAAGGCUUCAAAGCACAAAGUGAAAUGGUAAUUGAUAGUCUUGAUCGCCUGAUCACUGCGUGGGAAGACAGAAAGGAAUCUGUAGUCGUUGAGGGUGUACACUUGAGCCUGAAUUUUGUGAUGGGGCUUAUGAAGAAACAUCCUUCAAUCAUCCCUUUCAUGAUAUACAUCACAAAUGAAGAUAAACACUUGGAGAGGUUCGCCGUUCGUGCGAAGUAUAUGACCUUGGACCCUGCUAAAAACAAAUAUGUAAAGUACAUCAGAAACAUCAGGACAAUCCAGGAUUACCUCUGCAAGCGAGCUGACAAACACCUUGUCCCCAAAAUAAACAACACAAAUGUUGACAAGAGUGUGGCUGCAAUCCAUGCCACAGUCUUCGGAUGCCUCAGAAGACGCGAGGCAGGGGAACAGCCCUAUGAUCCAUCUACGAAUACGGUAUCUGUUAUUGAUGAGGAGUACAGGAACCAAUGUGCUGCAAAUUCACUGAGCUCGAAGGGAAUGUUUCAGCUUAUUCAGAGGCAGGGUUCUUCCAGACAUCUGAUGGCGCUUCUUAAUACCGAUGGAUCAGUGGCAAAAGCUUGGCCUAUAGGUCCAGUGGAUAAGAACGGGAAGCCUCUUGUAGGUCAUGGGGCUGAAAAUGGGAUAGGUAUUCCUAUGUAUGGUCCGUUGCAAAUCGGAAAGGCUGAACCGGUGAAUCUGCAGUUUGGCCACUUUGGGAUCAGCGCUUGGCCCAGUGAUGGUGGGACGAGUCAUGCAGGGAGCAUGGAUGAGUCGAGGGCUGAUGGGACCGACACAGGAAGCAAAUACCAUUCUUCGUGUUGCAGCUCGCCGAGGACUUCGGAUGGACCAGCCAAGGAGCUUAAGGAGGAGAACUCGGUGCAUGGCAGCGAUGAAGAAGUGGAUGAUGAUGCACCUGAAGUGGAUAGUGAUGAAGACCUUAGUGAUGAUGACGACAAACUUGCUCAUGAAGAGAUUGGUUCGGUGGAUGAAGAGUCGACGAAGUCCGAUGAGGAGUACGACGACCUGGCAAUGGAAGACAUGCAAGACAACGGGUACAGGACAGACGUCGAGGACGAGUUGGAGGACAAGGUAGAACCGAUAGAUGGACCAAAGGCGGACAAGUAUUUGCAGAACUUGGACCGAUUCCUCCGAAGUAGGAGCGAGCGGUUGGGCGAGCCAUUGUGCUCUUACUCUUCCCUCUUGGGUGAGAACGGCGGGAGUAGAGAGGUCCUGCGGACAAGACGUCGUCGUUCCCUCAGCAUUUCGGCCAUCGUCGGGAAGCCUGGCUCCGAGGCGGUUAAUGGUGCCAUUCUGUCUGGGGCUCCCCUGAGCUAGUCGUACUUGGGCACCCUUGGUUCUUUGUGUGUGCGGUUGAGUGUUCUUUUGGUCCGGAGGAGUAAAUUAGGAGAUUGGGUAGUUAUGUCAAGCUGUGUGUAUGUAUAAUAGGGUUUUGACAAUGACUGGGAAUGACAUUUCAGCCACCAACUAUUGUUUUAGUUUAUCCUCCAUCUUUUUGUUCAGUAGAAACUAUAAAGAGUUGAAUCCAUGAGCUGUGUUAUUGUAUGGGCACAGGUGGUAAAACGCUCGAAUUUCCUCAGGAGAUGUGGCAUACGCCAGCACAGACUUUAAGGAUACUCAGAAUAUUAGCAACAACAAGCGUUUGUAGUCCAACGGUUAGGAUAAUUGCCUUCCAAGCAAUAGACCCGGGUUCGACUC